UCCUCCAUCCCCCCCACCUUCCCCAGUACAGUAUGUUUGAGGUGAAUGAGAACUACACGCGUGUGUCAGAGUUUGUGAUCGUGGGCUUCCCGGGGCUCCAUCCAUCCUUCUACCAGCUGGUGGCCUGGUUCUUCUUCUUCAUCUAUGUGAUCACGGUGGUGGGGAACCUUCUGCUGGUUGUACUGUUUGCCCUGGUGCGCAGCCUGCAGAAACCCAUGUACAUCAUCAUGCUCAGCCUGGCUCUGUCAGAUAUAGGUUUUGCCACAGUGGCCCUUCCCAAAGUAAUAGCUCGGUGGUGGUGGGACGACGGGAGGAUCUCCUUCCAUACGUGUCUGUUCCAGGAACAAAUGAUCCACUACUUUGGAACACUCAACUCUCUCAUCAUGUUGACUAUGGCUAUGGACCGAUACCUGGCUAUCUGUCACCCUCUCAGAUACCCUAUGUUGAUGACCAACCAGAUAAUGAGUGGUCUAACAGUCUUCUCCUGGAUGUCAGCCACAGUCUCACCUGCCAUCGGCACCAUAGACUUCACUAGGAAAGUAGCAUUCUGUGGUCCCAACCGAAUUCUCCAUGCCUACUGUGACGCUCUGUCCCUGACUAAACUGUCCUGCUCCGACAUGGCGGCGAUCCAGGGCAGCUCCAUUGGCCUGGCCUAUUUUGUGCUCCUCGUCCCCUUCUCCUUCAUCGUCUUCUCCUAUAUCAACAUCAUUGUCACCGUGAUGCGCAUGGCUAACGCACAGGGCAGGAUGAAGACCUUCUCUACCUGUGCUACUCAGGGCUGUAUCAUCCUUAUUUACUACAUCCCCCGUUUCAUAGUGUACGCUACACCCUACAUCCCCAACCUGAUCAUGACCCCUGACCUCCGCAUCGGCCUCACCCUUUUCUACAGCCUGUUCCCCCCGGUGGCCAACCCGUUCAUCUAUAGCUUCAGGACCAAGGAGAUCAGAGCCGUCCUGGGGCGCUGGAGACAGGGCUGGAGGAACAGGCAGACAGAACAGAGUAUACCCAAAACUGUGGCUGUUAUCACUAAAUGA